UGUCAGGUCACGUGUCACGUGUCUCCCUACUGGAUAGACUUCAUUGACGUGGUUCCAGCAACAAUGUGGCUCUUCUGUCUCUUGUUCCUCCCGACUGUUUGGGGAGGAACGGAACUUCUAAAGAACGCCGACUUUGAGAACCCCCACUUCAGCAGCUCCGACUGGAGGGCCAUGUCCGGCACCAUCGCAUCGACGUCCGACGCCUACCACGGCCACACAGCGGCUAAAGUCACUAAAAGAACUCACAGUUACGGCGCACUAGAGCAAUACGUCACGGUCAAGAAAGGUCACAGCUACUACUUCCGGGCGCAUGUGAAGAUACUGAACUAUGCGCGAGGAGAAAACACGCAAAGUGUGGCAUCAGGGAUGGGAUUCAAGGAAAGAGGCAGCGGCAAGAUGCACUACCAGGGGUUCGGCGUGACUCCGUUCAUACAGACUGGCCAGUGGCACAUCAUCGGCGGGGAUACACUGAUCCCGGAUGAAGAUAUUACUGAUGCGCAUGUGUACAUCCGACCUGACGACCAGAGCGUGGACUUCAUCGUGGACUACGCCAGUCUACAGGAAGUUCCCCCUCUGUCGGGAUUCCCCGCCGACGCCAACAAGAGGAUUGAUACUAUUCGGAAAGCUGAUAUCACGAUCAGACUUGAUGACCAUUCAGUAGCCCCAAGCGGUCUAAGUAUUGAGGCAGAGGAAACCGCCGGUAUGUUUGGCUUCGGGGCAGCUAUAAAUGCAUUAGCACUGGUGGACCCGAGCAAGAAGGGCUAUCAGGACUUCUUCUACCAGAACUUCAACUGGGCCGUCAAUGGAGGCUAUCUCAAGUGGAAAACCAUGGAACCACACAGAGGUCACAUUGACUACAACACUGCAAUGAAGGCCAUAGACGCACUACUGCAUCACGGGGUCAAAGUUCGAGGACACAAUAUCUUCUGGGAGUCGAACUCGCCUGCCUGGGUGGACCAUCUGUCCGGACAAGCCCUGCGCCAGGCCAUGGAGAAACGCUUGACCGACGUGGUUGGACACUACAAGGGGAAAUUGCAGCACUGGGAUGUCGACAAUGAGGCUCUGAGCGGAGACACACUCGUCCGCCACUCUGGAGACCGAAAUCUCACCAUGUGGAUGUUCAGAGAGGCCCACAAGAUCGACCCGAACGUUCAUCUUUUCCUCAACGACCACGAAAUUGUUAACUAUAACAAACACACUGUGGCUUUAGAAGACCAGGCUGUGUACUUCAAGGCAGCGGGAGUUCCUGUGGGAGGAAUAGGAAUACAGAGUCACCUCCGCCACCCAAUAGACCUGGCGGUGGUCAAGGCUCGUCUGGACGAGGUGGCCCGGGCUGGACUGCCCAUCUGGAUCACGGAGCUGACGGUGGAGGGGGUGUCAGAGAAGGACAAGCCACAGAUGUUCGACGACCUGCUGCGUCUCUACUUCAGCCACCCGGCAGUCCAGGGGGUCAUGCUGUGGGGGUUCUGGAGCAACAUAAUGUCCAGACCUGAGUCAGCUCUGUGUACAGGGUCGGGCUGCACGCCAAAUGAGAGUGGCAAACGUGUCCACCAACUCUUACAAACAGAAUGGCGGACGCACGAGAACCACAACAUCCAGAAAGGUCAAACAGUCCGCAUCCGGGGAUUUAAAGGACACUACACGUUGCGCGUGAAGCACAGUGGCCACGUGAUCCACGAGGAAAGUUUCUAUCUGGGCUACAAGGGGACGGACCUCAAAGUGUCGCUUACUGGAUCCAGCACGAGUCCACAUGUGGAUCAAAUUCUGGUCGGCUGAGGCUGAGGCAGAACAGCAUACAGCGUUUGGAAACGCUGUGUAUCACUUUUUGUGGCGUAGACCAUCAACAAAAUAUGUUGAAUUAAACCUCAAAAACUAAA